AUGGCUUAUGCAGCUCUUGUCUCCCUCACAAACACUAUAAACCAAACCCUCAAUAGUAAUCUAUAUUCCAUCUCCCUUGAAGAGAAUCAACAAAUCACACCUCUCCUUGAAUAUGUCACUCCCUUUCAAGACUUCCUCGAUAACUUUCCAGACAAAUUCAACAGUUUGGAAGGGAGAAUGAGGGAUUUAGCAAAUGCAGCAGAAGAUAUCUUAGAAUAUCUUGCGUUGGAAAAUGUUUAUCCAACUCCUGAUGAAGACCAUCCAAGUGAAAAACAUGAACUAGCACAGCUGCAAAAUGUGAUCAAGGAGAUUGAUUUGAUCGAUAAAGAAGUGAAUGAAAUUGAAGAUACCUCGAGAUAUAAAAGCAUUCAACGUGGUGCUCAUAGCUCAUCAUCAACUUCAACUGCUCCUCUCAUUCACAAAGAUGACAUGGUUUGUUUGGAAGAGUAUGUGUUGGAUCUAAAGGACCGGAUCUGUGGAGAGCCAUCCAAAAAGCUGUAUGUCAUCCCUAUCUGUGGCAUGGGUGGCAUCGGUAAAACUACUCUAGCCAAAAGUGUUUAUGAUGAUCAAUUAAUCAUGGAGAAAUUUGAGAUUCGGGUUUGGGUUACUAUAUCACAAGAUUACAGUGCACAGAGAAUACUUUCAAACAUCCUAGAGUGCUUGAAAGAGUUCAACAAAGAUGAAAAGAAAAAAACCAAAGAUGAAAAGAAAAAAACCAAUGAUGAUGUAUUAGUGCACCAAAUUUUAAUGGGAAGGAGAUAUUUGGUUGUGAUGGAUGAUAUGUGGAGCACAGAAGCAUGGGAUAUAGUUAGAGGAGUGCUACCUGAUAAUGGUAAUGGAAGCCGUGUCAUGCUAACCACAAGGUUGUAUGGUGUGGCUUCCUACCCCGAUCCUUCGUGCAAGCUCUACGAGUUGGGAUUAUUGGAUGCAGACCAAAGUUGGAAUCAUUUGAAGCAGAAGGUGUUUGCAGAUGAAGAUUUUCCUCGCGAAUUGGAAAGCAUUGGGAAGGAGAUUGCAGGAAGGUGCAAAGGGUUGCCUCUUGCUAUUGUGGUGAUUGCUGGACUUCUAUCCACAGCCAGGCGGGAUCGAGCUUCGUGGAAGAACAUUGCUGAGAAUGUGAAACUUGCAGAUACUGUGGAACAUGGACAGAUUGGAGAUAUACUAUCUUUGAGCUAUGUCCACUUACCUCAAUAUUUGAGGCCAUGUUUCUUGUACAUGGGAUCCUUUCCGGAAGAUCAUGAGAUCCAGGCACAGAAACUCAUCAAAUUAUGGGUCGCUGAGGGCUUUGUGAGAUAUCCAAUAGACUCUGAAUCCUUUGAAAAGGUGGGAGAAGAGUGCUUGGAGGAUCUCGUCAAGAGAAACCUUGUUUUGAUCACAAAGAGGAAAUGUAAUGGCGGAGUCAAAAGUUGUCGUCUCCACGAUCUGAUGAGGGAUUUCUGCAUAAGAAAAGCUCAUGAAAUAUUUUGAGGAUGAGGGCUAUGAUGAUCAAGAUCCAUGACAAGGAUGAUUUACCUUCCUCACGAUUCAGAUUCAAAUAGGAUGGAUAUGUGUUAAUGCUUUAUCAAAGAGACAUUCACUGAUGAGGUUUUCUUAAGUAAUGUAAAUUGUGGAACUUGUUUCGAUUGGUUAAAUUCAAAUCGUUCUGUAA